AUGCCUUGCCAACACUGCCUUGACCCCUUUUCUUCUCAGUGCUUUAUUGUGACCCUCCUGGUAACCCUGUUGUCUAUGUCGUCUGAUGCCUGUGGUCAGCCACCAACAUUUGGAAACAUGAAGCUCAAUGGAGAUCUAAAAACCAGUUAUGGGACUGGGGAACAAGUGAAAUACUCAUGUAGACCAGGAUACAUGCAACGAUCCCGCAACAUCUCCAGUGUGUGUGGUGCAGAUGGCCAGUGGUCACCCAUUUCAAAGGAUGCAUGUCGCAGAAAAUCAUGUCCAAGGCAAGAUGAUCCUGUAAACGGUCAAGUAAACCUCAUGAAUGGAACUUCUGAGUUUGGUAUGCAAGUUGAAUAUGUUUGUAAUCCUGGAUUUUAUAUAAUUGGUCAAAGAAUUCUAUAUUGUAUUCUUAUGGGAUCAGAUGUGCAGUGGAGUGAUGAGGCCCCAAUAUGUUCAAAGAUUUUAUGUGAACCACCUCCAAAUAUAGAAAAUGGAGAAUUCUUCCCAAAUCAUAAUGACGUGUUUGAGUAUCACGAAGUGGCAACAUACAAAUGUAAACGUGUAUCUGGCCAGGACGAACUGUCACUUGUUGGAGAGAGUCAGAUUUAUUGCUCUGAAAAUAGAUCAUGGAGUGCUGACCCUCCUGAGUGCAAAGUGGUCAAGUGUCCGCAUCCUGUAAUUGAAAAUGGGAAACAGACAUCAGGAUUCAGCAGGAAAUAUUCUUACAGAGCAACGAUCAUGUUUGAAUGUAACCAAGGGCUUUACCUUCACGGGAGCAAUAGGGUUGUGUGUGAGGGUGACAGUACAUGGCAGCCACCGAUUCCAGUGUGUCGGAACCAGCCACCUCCUCCCACGACACCUUCUCCCGUGCCAUCCCACACCACAACACCUUCCAGUACAAAAGUUUCACUCUCUAGCAAAGGGACAUCGUCUAAUUUUGGAGAUUCAAGUGUCUGGAUCAUUUCUCUGAUAAUUAUGGCUCCAUUGAAGUUACAGUAA